AUAGGAAUUUCUGAUCACAUCGUAUACUCAUAUUUGUUAAUAAAUAUUAUUUAUCAAUCGCGUGGAACCUUCGAAAUACAGUAAAGGGCGCUAUUAUUAUUAAUUCAUGUAUUUUUAAAACAAUGGUUGGCAAAGGGGAGGUGAAAAGCAGUCGUAUCUUUCAUCAGUGUUAUUUAAAAUGUUGUAAACUGCAAAACCUCACCCCGUUGACCAGCGUAAUACCUUCUAAAAAUGGAAAAGUUUUGGACUUUAUAGUUGAUAGAAUAAAGUAUGUUGAUUGGCCCCCUAUUCUUAAUGCUUUGAGUUGUGAUCUCAGCCUUCAUUCAGUGUCGAUAAAAUGUCGUCAGCAAGUUAAAACUGUAUUGGAACAAAUAGACUGCGAGCGAUUAGCGAAGACUGUAAACAAGCGAUCUGUUAUUCUGACCAACUUUAUGUUAAACAACCUGGUGGAAGCUAUCUCGCAGCUGCUGGUGAAUACCACGUUACUGUCGUCUUUGAUGCUCGAAGGACUUCCCAUGAAGAUACCGUACUUGAAUCCUAUUUGUGAGACAAUAUUAUUGAACAACUCGUUGCAACAUCUCUACUUGCCACGCUGCCUCAUCGGCGACGCUGGCUGCCAGGCUGUGUGCAACGCCGUGCGCUGUCUGCCCAACAUCCUCACCCUGGACUUGAGCGGCUGCGAACUCACGCCACUAGGCGUCGGCUACAUUGCGGAGCUGGUUAAGUAUCAAAAGAUCCACCGCUACAGCGAAAACUGGGUGCAUACCUUACGGUAUCGGCUACCAGAGUUGGAUACGAUGGCGGGACUGCGACGCAUUACGCUGUGUGGUAACGUACAGAUUGGUGACGUCGGCGCCGCGAACAUACUGGAAGUGUUGGCUGAUGACUUGUGGAUCAAAGCUUUAGAUCUUCAGAACUGUGGGUUGUCAGACGAGGCCGGGAACGCGGCGCUCCAGAUAAUGAAGUCGAACACAACGCUGGUGGUCCUCGACUUGCGACACAAUUCCAUAUCUAAUGAGCACCUGGCACAGCUGCGAUCUUCUCUAAGAGACAACGAGAGAGGUCCUAGUGAUCUGUACGCCUGGCUCUCGUCAAGUCACAGUGGCACUUCAGCGGAUGGCAGAUCUGUUAAAUCUGUAGCAACUAAAAACGGAAUCGUAAAGGAACGAGCUCCGUCGAAUAUGCGAAUUGCGCUGAAUAAAUUCACUAAUAAAUCUGGCGUAGUCAAGAAAGAAAAGAAUUACGCGGAAGAGUUGGAGGAACAGCUUCAGGAGGAGAUAUCGCACCGCCAGCAGUUGGAGGAGCUCAACCAGCAGCUCGUGGAGCAGAUGAAAGAACUCAAACACCAGCAGAUGCAGCUUUGGGUUAACGCGGCUGGCUCUUCCGGUUCGGAUCAAUCAUUCCAAGCGAGUUCAAGGUCCGGCGACUUUUCGAGCAGUUCAGGAUCAACCAGCUCUGUGCCCAUCGACCAGAACACACUGUCCUACAUACAGCAGGCGUUCAAGGAUAUAUACGCUUUUAUAAAGAAUAACCAGUGUCAAGGGCAAUGUACAAAAGAGAAGCAGGUUGAUGAGAAAUCAUCAACAUCACCCGAAGUCAGUGAAGUGGAAGACGCAAGCGAACCGCACGUGAGCAUCGUGCCCAAGAGAGCCAAGAGCUCGCACAUGAAGCUGGCUGACAAGAGAAGGAAAAACAAGGCCACGAAAUCUGAGCACGUUCUUAACGAGAUACAAUACCUCACGGCGACAAAUAAAGUGAAACCACAAAUGAUAGAACGGCAAAUGGGUGACACUCACAAUGCGCACGCACAAGAAAACAUUUUAAAAGGAAUUUUAUCAGGGCAGGAUUUGAAGAAGGAAAAUAUACAUGAAGGGUCUAGUUCUCCGAGCAGAGUAGUGAGUGAUUCUUCAGAUACUCUAGUUUGUUCGCCCCGCAUAAGGAAACCCAUCAACCCCAGGGACGCGCUCUAUUCCUCGUCAGAUGAAGAUCCGUGAUUUUUUUUAAUUAUUUAUUUGUUAAACGUUUUGUGAUCAAGAUGACAGUUGAGUAUC